UUCACCCCGCCUCUCUGUUCAAAAACAGCCCAGCCAAAAGGAGCCUGCAGACAGCCCCGUGCUCAUUUCCAAAAGCUGUUACCAAGAUCCUCCCAAGAUGAAGGGCUUCUACUUCCUCCUAUUUACCAUCAGCUUCCUGAUUAUGAUUCAGAUACAAAGUGGAAUCUUGCAAAACACUUCCGCACCUACCACUUCCACCGCCUCCACCGCCUCCUCUGCCUCCACCUCCACUGCCGCCGCCGCCGCCGCCACCUCCACUACCAGGGCUACCACCACCACCUUCGGCACCAAGAAAAUCAAGGGCGGGGCCCCAGCACUCAGCAGCCUGGGCAGUGGCGGUGUCCUUAUCUUCUUGACCAACACCCUCCUCCAGCUCCUCCACCUCAGCUGAGGCAACAGGCAUCAGCCCCAACCCUGUGUCCUCUGAGACAUGGCAAGAGAAACUCCCCAUCCCCAGUCCUUGGGAGGGGUUGAGACCAGAGACCAUCAGUUGUGGAAAUUGACAGAAAGUUCCUUGGGGGGCAAUGGCCUACACAGGGAGAUACUGAUGUGGAGGUGUUAGCAUCACCCAGCUGGGGGUCAAUAAAGUUGUCCUGUACCUGGA